AUGUCAAGGAUGUUAGUAUCAUCAUCAUCAUCAUUAUUUGUUCUUGUUGUUCUUUCCUGUCUUUCACUUGAAUGCAAUGGUAGACAUCUUAAUAGCAUUAUUAUUGAUGAUGAUAACAAAGCUAACCUUCCCAGCCAUUCAACCAUCAGCAAGCAGCAGGGUUUCAUGGUGGAUUCAUUUACAGUUCCGGAUGAUGUGACUGAAAAGAAUAAUUAUUAUAAGGAUCGGUUAAAUAAUGUUAUUGAUCACAAGCAGCAAGCAGAUUGUGGAUCAUCAAAGAACAAGGAGCAGGUAAUCAAAGACCAAAAGGUAAAGAAAGUUAAAGAAGAAGAAUCAUCAGUUCAACAUCGUCAUCAUCAUCAUGAACACCUGCACCCUAAGCUUGUGACGUAUCGAGUUCCUCCAAAAAACAAAAGGGUACAUCAACAACCUGGUUUUAAUCUCGACUAUUCUCCACCAAAGACACACCCUCCUAGCCACAACUAA